CUUUGGUUUUGCCUCCUUCAUUUUCAUUCUUGUCUAUUCCUUCCCUUUCCCUUCCUCCUAUACUACUACUACUUCUCAAACUCUCACAUUUCUCAAACCGAAGAAACCCCAUUUCUCUCUUUCUCUCUCUCUCAACUCCCAACUUCUUCAACCUGUCUAGAAAUCUCUCUUCUGGUUUUAAUGGAAGGCACUCUGGGAUUACUUGGAGGUGGGUCUUCUGGGUGCUCAACAAAUGAGUCAGCAAUGUCAAAGGUGGAACAACAGGUGGUGGAGCAAGACUAUGUGGGCAUGUCCUCUGAGGUAUCUUCAUACCCAGCUGAAACUGAGCUUGAACUGGGCCUGAGCCUGGGUGGUGGUGGUGGUUCUGCACAGAAGCCCAAAGCCUGUGCAUGGGGCGAGCGUGGAAGAAUCUUGACUGCUAAAGACUUCCCUUCCAUGGUGUCUCAUGGGUCUGCAAGAUUCUCACAGAGAGCAAAUAAUGCUUCUUCUGUUUCUGGAAAUAAGAGGGCUGCUGAAGAGGCUGGAUCUCCCACUGCUGUAAGUCAAGUUGUGGGAUGGCCACCUAUAAGUGCUGCAAGGAUGAACAGCUUGGUUAACCAGGCAAAGACUGCAAGGUCUGAAGAUGACAAGGCAGAUGGGGACAAAUCUAAGGACACUUACAAGAAGAAAAUCUACACUGGUAAUAAGUCAACUGUGAAAGAGAAAGGGCAUCUGGGAUUUGUGAAGGUCAACAUGGAUGGAAUUCCUAUAGGGAGGAAAGUGGAUUUAAAUGCUCACACUUGCUAUGAGACUUUAGCUCAAACACUUGAGGACAUGUUCUUCAGCACCACUACAACUGGCAAUUCAAUCGGUGGAGACAAGGAACAAGCAACAAAACCCUCAAGGCUUCUGGAUGGAUCCUCCGAGUUUGUGCUCACUUAUGAAGAUAAAGACGGAGACUGGAUGCUUGUUGGAGAUGUCCCUUGGAGGAUGUUCCUCACCUCGGUGAAAAGGCUUCGAAUAAUGAGGACCUCUGAGGCCAACGGACUUGGUAUGCAAUUUUAAAAACAUCAAGCUCCAAGAUUUCAAGAAAGGAGUGAGAGACAAAGAAACAGACCUAUAUAAGACACAGUUGGUGCCCCAUUUAUUUUUACCGUCUUGUAUGACAACGGAAACCUAGAGUUUGACAACAACAGAAGGAAGCAAAAUCUGAUGAGACAGGAGUGCUAAGAAAGAUUGGCUUCCACUGGGCUUUGUUUGCUUUUCUUUCACAACCAUCCUCUGGUUCAUGCUGGUUUUCUUUUUUCUUUUUUGGUUAGGCGAUAUUUAUUGUUUUUAGUUUUUUUUCUUUUUUUUCUUUUUUACAUCUUCUUACAUAGUGCUAGCAUACAGGCCCUGCAUACUCGGCUAAAUGCUGCUUUCUCAUACUGUAAAUAUGGGAGCACUUCAUAUCUAGAGUGUUUUGCUGCAAAAUCUAGUGACUCGUUUUUCUUGAUGAUAGAAGAAAAGCUUGUGUGGUUUUUUUAUUUAUUAAUUAUUUAUUUGGUUUAUGUUGA